GUCAUUCAUACAGUGAGUUCCGCAGUGGACGGUCGAUUUUAAAUUUGACGGGCUUCUGGUGCGCGCGCAAUGGAUCAAGGACCAGUUUCGUGUCUUCCAAACACUAGUAAAAUGUCUAAAGCGAAAAAAGUUCUCGAUGAAGCUCGGGAAAUUCGAAAUCCCGAACUCGAUUUAGUGGAUAAAGGCAUUUCUUCGUUUGAAGAGACGCCAGGUUUACUUAAUAUGACCUACAUAACCCGACUUACGUUAAGUCACAACAAAAUCAAGUCGGUUCCACCCUCCCUCGCAAAUUUGAUAAACCUAGAAAUGCUGAACUUGGCCAAUAACCACGUGGAAGAAUUACCACUGUCAUUAUCGUCGAUGCCAAAGCUUCGCAUUCUCAAUUUAUCCAUAAACCGCCUGUACAACCUUCCUCGAGGAUUUGGUGCUUUUCCAAUGAUUGAAGUUCUCGAUCUUUCCUACAACAACCUGAACGAGAAAUCUUUGCCGGGAAAUUUUUUCAUGAUGGAAACACUUCGAGCGCUGUACUUGUCGGACAACGACUUUGAACAUUUGCCGCCUGAUGUCAAGAAUCUCAAAAACCUUCAAAUUCUAGUUUUGCGGGAAAACGACCUUAUUGACCUUCCUAUCGAAGUGGGGGAGUUAACCAGGCUGCGUGAACUGCACGUCCAGGGCAAUCGCCUCACCAUUCUCCCACCAGAAGUGGGCAAUCUGGACAUGACCUCAAACAAGUCAGUCUUCAGGUUUGAGGGCAACGAAUGGGUGCCUCCCAUUGCUGACCAACUCCAACUAGGUGUGGGGCAUCUGAUGGAAUAUUUACGCACAGAAACUUACAGAAUAUUAUAUAACCGAUAUUUGACAAACAAACCCCCCGUACCACCCCCUUGUGUAGACAAAGCAAAAAAGAUUUCAAGAAUUCGCUAAGUCUACUUAGAAUUGUAUUUAAGUAAUCUCAUGACAAGUCAUUACUGUCAACUGCCAUUUUUAAUUUAUCUUAUUAGUUAUGUAACGUGUGGCCUUAGAUAAACGCUUUCUAUGAAAAUAAGUUUGUAUUUUACAAUUUUUACAAUCCAAUGUAAUUUUAAUAACUCAAUAAAUAGUCAGUCUUUAAAACUA